AUGACAAUAACAACCAGCGCACGUGACGCGCAGGACCGUGAAGCUGCUGUGCCCAAACCAGCGCUUAUUACUCUAUUUUUCAAAUCUAUCUAUCUAUCUAUCUAUCUAUCUAUCUAUCUAUCUAUCUAUCUAUCUAAGAGUGAGACAAAAAACGCUUCAUGUGUAUUUCUUUUCUUCUCUCUUUGGUAUUCAUGCAUCUAUCUCUAUCUAUACCAACCCAUUUUUGUAAAUGUGAGAAAAAUAAAAGCACCUAUAAUCAAAAUGAAAAUGUCUGCGAUUUAUAUUUGUAUUUUAUGUUCUGUCUUCACUUUGACGCUCGCUCAGAAACGAGGAAGUUUCACUUUAGGGCCGGAUGCCGAAAAAACUUGUAUCUCAUAUGGCAUUUUGUGUCCUUUGGGCAAAGUUUGUGCUGUGCAACACCUCCAGGUGCCCCGGCCAAUCACCAUACCUGUGUGUAUUCCGGAAAAAUAUGUACCAGUGAAUUCCGAAGCAUGCUACCUACCGCCGCAACCGGGCAAAUGCGAUGCGAAAUUCACUCGUUGGUACUUCAAUCGACAUUCUAAACAAUGCAGUUGGUUUCAUUAUGGUGGUUGUGGUGGAAAUGAGAACCGUUUCCGGACGAAAGAAGAAUGCGAACAAACCUGUAAAGGGGCCAGGACUAUCAUAACUGCGAUAGAUGAGAAGAGAUCUAACAAUAACUAUCAAGAAGAAGUAAUCGAGAUCAACAGGGACGGGGAAAAGAAAAUCGCUACUCCUCGCUUGUUACCCUUAGAAGCCAAUACACAAGUUGUUACCGUUCCAAACAUAGCGAAAACCCGGCGUAGUUGGUUGAAGAAAAAGCGAGUUUGUGGCAAAAACUGUAAUCGUCGUAGAAGUCACAAGAGCAGGAGGACAUACAGAAAAAAUAGCCCAGGACUCACACGAAGAAGGAAAUCUGAUGUUACUCUGAAAACACCUAUAGCCUUCCGAAUAGCACCUUCAGCCUCAAGAACAUACAACGACGAUAGAAUCGGUGCCAACAGAUUCUUACCUGGAGGUGCCAGCGUGCACAAACUAUUCUCUCUUCUCCAACCAGCGUAUGGAAGCGCCAGUUGGCGCAGAUAUAGAUCUUGA